CACACUCACACGUCUCGAAAAGUGUAUCGAAUCUCUUCGCAAUCUUCUUCCCAGCAGGAAUCUAUUAUCACCACUUUCGAUACACAUCCCAAAUGCAGCUGAACACCAUGUCUCACCUUCCCCAAGAGCCCGAGUUCGAGCAGGCUUAUGGCGAGCUCGCCUCUGCCCUCGAGAACAGCUCUCUCUUCAACGAGCACCCCGAGUAUCGUACUGCCCUUGCUGUGGCCGCCAUUCCUGAGCGUGUCAUUCAGUUCCGUGUCGUCUGGAACGACGACAAGGGUAACCUCCAGGUCAACCGCGGUUAUCGCGUCCAGUUCAACUCUGCCCUUGGCCCCUACAAGGGUGGCCUUCGAUUCCACCCCAGCGUCAACCUGUCCAUUCUCAAGUUCCUUGGUUUCGAGCAAAUCUUCAAGAACGCCCUGACUGGCCUCAACAUGGGUGGUGGCAAGGGUGGUGCCGACUUCGACCCCAAGGGCAAGUCUGAUGCUGAGAUUCGACGAUUUUGCCAGGCUUUCAUGACCGAGCUGUCCAAGCACAUUGGUGGCGAGACUGAUGUUCCUGCUGGUGAUAUUGGUGUCGGUGGCCGAGAGAUCGGUUACCUCUUCGGCGCCUACCGCAAGCUCCGCAACCGUUGGGAGGGUGUCCUCACUGGAAAGGGUCUUUCAUGGGGUGGUAGCUUGAUCCGACCUGAGGCUACUGGUUACGGUCUCGUCUACUAUGUCGAGUACAUGCUCAAGCACGCCAACCGUGGCACCUUCGAGGGCAAGCGUGUCGCUCUCUCCGGCUCCGGAAAUGUCGCCCAAUACGCUGCUCUCAAAAUCAUCGAGCUUGGUGGCUCUGUCGUCUCUCUUUCCGACUCCAAGGGUGCUCUCGUCGCCAAGGAGGGUUCUUCCUUCACACCCGAGCAGAUUCAUAACAUUGCUGCCCUCAAGAUCAAGCACCAAGCCCUGACCACUUUCGAGCACGAUGGACAGUUCACAUGGAUUGAGGGUGCCCGCCCUUGGGUCCAUGUUGGUAAGGUCGACAUUGCCCUCCCCAGUGCUACUCAGAACGAGGUCAGCAAGGAGGAGGCCCAGGCUCUCGUUGAUGCUGGCGCCUUCAUCGUCGCUGAGGGUUCCAACAUGGGUUGCACUGCUGAGGCUAUUGAUGUCUUCGAGGCUCACCGUAAGGAGAAGGGUGCUGAGGCUCUCUGGUACGCCCCCGGCAAGGCCUCCAACUGUGGCGGUGUCGCUGUUUCUGGCCUUGAGAUGGCUCAGAACAGCCAGCGUAUCCAGUGGACUGAGAAGGAGGUUGAUGACCGCCUGAAGGCCAUCAUGAAGGACGCCUUUGUCGCUGGUCUUGAGACUGCUCAGAAGUACGUCGAGGCCAAGGAGGGUGAGCUUCCCAGCUUGAUCGCUGGUAGCAACAUCGCCGGCUUCAUCAAGGUCGCCGAGGCCAUGCACGACCAGGGUGAUUGGUUCUGAAUGGACAUUUAAGGAAGCCUGGAGCGAGAUAAGAGAUCGAUCAGGAAGACCGCAAUACCCGAGCUGGGCUCACAUCAAGGCUACCUGAUCUUCUCAUCACGAUUAUCUUGCCCAAUGUCGACCUAUUUCUGCAAAGAACGGAGUUUUAUUCUUGGCUACUAUCAGGGCAUGCAUACUGUUGGGCGUUGGCGGGGUUUCAAGAAGGGGAUGACUUUUGUUUUUCUUCACGAUAGACGUGGGCCUGGAUCUUAUAUAGUUUUUUUUUUCACCUAGUUCCUUUACCUUUUCUCCUUUUUAGCCCGGUAGAACGAAGAAUGAAACACAACACUUUUG